GCGGACACCACCAAACGGACCACGAUACGCUCGCGAUACGCCGCCUGAAGCGAAUAUUCAAGCUAAUUCCAAACAACAUUUUAAAACGACGUCGCUUUUAUUUUCAAAGGAAAGUCAUGUGACGCGCGAUGCCAGCGUUAGAUAUUCCGGCUGACAAUUCGAAUGCAUUUACCGUAAUAAACCAUGAGGACGAAAAGCAUAUAGUAAAACACGUGCCGUUACCGCGUAUUGUAAAUAUCGUUAAACCGCUCCAGCACGAUGACGGCCGCACACACCUACCGAGCGCGACAAAAGAGCAGCUGACGGAGAAAAUGGUCGCUGCCGUCGCUCCGCAGACAAUUCUCGAUCCUAAAUUCACUCGGGCGCUCGAUUUCAAACUUCGUCGUCUGAAAGAGAAAGAAACUUUGGAGGCCAAUCUUCGACGGCCAACACGUUAUCGCCGUCGCGCUGGAGGCCUAGCUACUUCUAAUCCUAAUCUGACGUGGAAAGACCAAACGCCUCCAAAGAAAAUGUUGAGUCAAUCUCAACCUCGAAUCGAUAUAAUAUCGAGUGAGUGUGAGAGGACGAAAAUUUCUCCCAAAUUAACUAAGUCUCCUUUAGCAAACAAAAGUCGUAGCAAAGUCUCUGGGACGACUGAGGGUGACAAACCAAGAUUUGUAACCACCGUGAAAACUGGACAGUUUCUCCUUCCACCACCGGACGUCGCUUGCCUUCUCGGAUUGCAAACACUAUAUCCAGCUCAGGAAAGAGAGAAAAUUGUAUAUUCUUAUGCGAGUAAACCAAAAGCUGUAACGAAUCGAAGCAAACGUUCCUUGGCAGAAAAGAAAGAAACAAUUCCAAACGGUGUGCCGCCUGGGAUAAGCAACGAGAAGCGAAUAAGCGGUGGUGAAGUUUUCAAAGGAGUUCGAGCGCUGAUAGCAGGUGUCGCCGGUGUCAAACACCUCCUCGAGGAACAUGAUCAUGUUGGUAGCAUGGCGACGGGUGCAACGGGCAACACAGGCUACUCCAAUAUUAUGCACGACAAGCGUGUUGUCCGCGGCAGCACAUUUGGAUCACAUCCUCAAUACGCAGCCGGCGAUGGCUUGGAGAGCGGUGCUGCACGAGCGGCGCGGACGAGAAGACGCGCGCUCGCUAGACGCGCUGCAUUGGCGCGUCUUCGGCCCGGCACGCCUCCACCAGCGCCUGGACGUCGACAUCACCCUAUACAAACGGAAUAUUACCUUGAAGAGCUAUUUGAUAAGGGGGUAGAAAUGGAGGUAGGAGUACAAACGGACCUAUUCGUGGACCGUCCAGCGACGCCCAUCUAUGUACCCGCCAAAACUGGUGCUGACGCUUACACGCAAAUACAACCUGGAGACUUAUUCGACUUUGACCUGGAAGUGCAACCUAUACUGGAGGUGCUAAUAGGGAAGACGACAGAGCAGGCACUAGCGGAAGUAGCGCAGGAGGAAGAGUUGGCAACGCUACGCGAGCAACAACGGCGCUACCGGGAACUUCGUGACGCGGAGCUCGCUGAGCGACAGCGUCUUGAACUGCGAGACGAACGAUUAAACCAAGAGAAGGAAAGGCGCGUGGCGGAAGCACGUGUGGCACGAGCGGCAGGCGAAGAAGCGCGCGCAAGGGUGGCUGCCGCAACGCUGGUACAAGGCUACGUCGCCGAACUCCUGCCCGCUGUGCUAGCUGGGCUGAGGGAUUCUGGCUACCUCGUGCGACGCAUGCGCCGAGGAGUUGAAGAAGAAUUUAUGCCUUGGCUGAUACAAGAAGUUUCUCACGAGAUCGAGUCAAUCAUAACGAGUAGAGACGUUAUUGCAGAGAUCGUGCGCGACGUGGUGGAAACGCGAGCAGAACUUCUCGGGACAGAUGACCACGACUCACAACGCGUGUCUCCACCCGACUCACUCACGCCCCCCUCCGCGCCAUCGGAGGAAGAACCGGAGGAGUAGAAGCGUUACGUGUACGUAUUGGUUUUGUAUAAAAUUAUUAGUACCUAGUUAAGAAAUUUCUACAUUUCUUAACACAUUUUAACUACCCGAAUUAAAACUUAUUACUUACUAUAUUAUUAUCAAAACCUACUAUUUGAGAACUGGACUUAAAUGUAACUUUCCAAUUUUAUUAAAUUGAUGAUGCAUUUACCUAUGGCAUUUUAUUUAGAUAAGUUGAAUAAAUUAAACAAACGAUACAAUAUGUUGUAAUCACCUUCUUUUGUUUAGGAUAAUGAUGAUACAGAGGUAAAAAAAAUUUACCCGGUUACUUAUGUUAUAUUUGCGUUAAACUUCAUUGAUUUGUUGAAAUAUAUCUGAACAUAUUGUACAAAUAUCGAAUAGAAAAAGUGUUACUCAAGAAUAAAUUUAACAAAUAAUGUUAGUAUGUUAAAACACACUUCUUAUUUAAAAAUAAAUUUAAGUUGUAAAUUAAUAAAAUAAUGCUCAUAACACAAUAUGAGAUU